UUGCCUUGGAAACCAUUUUUUGACAUUAAGAAAACGAAUAAUAUCAAAUUUAUAAAAAAUUCUUAAUAAAAAUAAAAAGGUUGUUCUUUGAAAAAAAACUAAAUAAAAUUAUAUUUUUACCAUGGAUCAUAGUGACAACGAAGAGACAAACAUCGAUAUUGUUUGCCAAACAACGGUAAAUGAAUAUUUCGAUCAAGUCAUUGGUCAUAUAGAAGAUAUUGUUCUAAGCGACACAUUUCAAAAUUUACAUGAACAAUUCUUGGAAAGAAAUUGGUUUAAAUUUGAGGAUAAUGAAGAAAACAAAUUGGAAUAUAUGGAUGUAUUUGAGGAAUACACCACAACAUUUGAAACAUUCUUUAUCGAAGAGUUAAACAAAUGUAUGGAGGAUUUCGAUAUGGAAAAAUUUGCUCAGGAAUUAAAUUCUUAUGACUCUACAACAAAUUCGUUGGGUUUUGUUGAUUCCGAAAUUUUCGAAUUGUUGUAUUCGUUUAGUAAUUUUCAAAUCUUUAAAGAUUUAAUGUUAGAUUAUCGCCGCAAGAAGGAGGGUCGAGUACAACAUUUAGAUUUUAAUAUUCUCACAACAAAACCAUUAUUUCAAACGGCUGAAUUGUUGGAAGCAACGGAUAAGUAAUCGGUUAAUAAUGUAAAAUAAAAUUGAUUUUUGUUUUCUAUAUUUACGUAAGUUCUGGAGAUUUUAAAAAUUGUCAUAAAUAUUAUAAUAAAAUUCAUACUUUAUCUGAAAUAAUAUAGUUUUAUCAGAA